AAUCAAAUCUGCAGCGUCUUUUACGAAAACAGCUCAAAUUUGCAUAGAAAAAUAUAGAAAAUACAUUUGAGCAACUAGAUGCAGUGCAUCGCCAUCGUCAUCUUCGCCGCUAUCGCUUCCGGUAGCUGCAGUGGUUAUAACAGCAACUACGGUGGAUACAACAGCUACAACGCCCCUGGCUCUGCUGCUGCUGCUUCCUCCGCUGCUGCCACCGAUGCCAACAACUACGGUGCCCCCGCUACCUAUGGUGGCUCCGCUUAUGGCGCCCCAGCCUACAACAGCUACGCUGCCCCAUCCUACGGCGGCUAUGCCCCCGCCAAGUCCUAUGGCAACAAAUACUCUUACCAACCCGCCUACGCCACCGAAUUGUACCCCAACCAACACCACUACAAACAAUACAACUCUCACUCCACCUACAGCCAAGUUGCUUUGCCCGUUGUGCAAGACGCACCUUUGGCUAAAUUGUACACUCCCGCCGCCAAGUCUUAUGGUUCCUACUCUGGCUAUUAAGAGCAAGGAUAUCUCAAGCGCUGUUUAGAGAUCCUGUAGAUAUGACGAAGUUGUGUUAAAUCCCCCUCUACCCCCAC